ACAAGAGUCCCGCGCACGAGCUCGGAGAGAGUGAGAGAGAGAGAGAGAGAGAGAGAGAUUGAUUCAAAGGAGGAGUGAGAGGUGGAGGAGGAGCGCGCGCGAGAGAGAGAGAGAGAAAGAGAGACGGUCCAAAUAACGCGCACGCGACAGCAGGAGGAGGAGGAGCGCGCGAGCCGAGUCCAGCUCAUAAGCAGGCACGCGGAGGAGGAGGAGGAGGAGGAGCAGGCGCGCGCCCGCCGAGGUCUCUCUCUCUCUGCGUCUCUGCGGUGCAGAGCUGGAGCACAGCAACUUCUUCUCCUUUUAAAUCCUUUUAUUCUUCUUUUAUUCUUCUUUUCCUUCGCCGGCGCACCGGAGGGACCGGAGCCCUGUGUGCUGUGUUUCCCCGCGCCUGCGCACAUUUUUAAAUCCUAUUUAUGACUCAAGUUCAGCUUUGCGUCAGGACCUGAUAUAUUUGUGCACUGACUUUUUUUUUUUACCUCUGUAUUCUUUCUGCUUUUGUUUUUUCUCCGCCCUGCCUGCCGUGCAGAAAGAAAGUCGGUAAACCGGGCAACUUCAUGCAGCUCGCACGCUCUUUUCUCCUGCAGCAAACAGAUCUCUGAAAACAAACAAACAGAAGAAGAAGAAGAAAAAAAGUUAGUAUUUUUUUAAAUAUAUAUAUCUAUAUAAAGUUCCCCGGUGUCGGUGCAUGCUCCCGGUGUGAAGUGAAGGAGGUGCGCAGACUGUUGCAUGCGAUUUGAGAAGGAAGAAGCGCAGAAGAAGCAGAGGUGCGUUUUUGCCCCGCUCACGCACGGCGGCGGCGGCGGAGGAGACGCGAUGAGCGCCGAGGUGCUGCCCACAAGCCCGCUCGCCCUGGUGGACUACGUCAACGACUUCGACCUGCUCAAGUUCGACGUGAAGAAGGAGGCGCUGCACGGAGCAGUGAACGGCGGCGCGCGCGCGUGCCCCUCGCGCGUGCAGCAGCCCCAGGGCUCGGUGUCGUCGACUCCUCUGAGCACGCCGUGCAGCUCGGUGCCCUCGUCGCCCAGCUUCAGCCCCACGGAGGAGCACAAGAGCAACCUGGAGGAGCUCUACUGGAUGCCCGGUGGCGGCUACCCGCAGCACGUCGACCCUCACGCGCUCGGCCUGACGCCCGAGGACGCUGUGGAGGCCCUGAUCGGGCACGCUCCGCCGCCACAUGUGCAGCAACAGCAGCUGCAGCAGGGAGGUGGUUUUGAGGGUUACCGAGCUGCCAUGCAUCAUCACCAUCAUCAUCAUCCUCACGCGCAGCACCAUCCUCACGUCUACGCAGCGCUUCAGCAGCACACAGAUGACCUGCACUCUCACACGCAGCAGCAGCAGCAGCAUCCUCAUCAGCACCACAGCCAAGACCCGGACAGCCCGUCUCCGACCUCUCCUCAGCUCCAUCACCACCGCCAUCACGUGCAACACACCAACCAUCACGCUCACCACCACCAUCACGCGCAGCAGCAGCAGCACCACGGCAGCACUAACGGCAGCGCGCUGAGCCUCCUGGGCGUCGAGGAACGCUUCUCUGACGAGCAGCUGGUCUCCAUGUCCGUCCGCGAGCUCAACCGGCACCUGCGCGGCUUCUCCAAGGACGAGGUGGUGCGCCUGAAGCAGAAGAGGCGCACGCUCAAGAACCGUGGCUACGCGCAGUCCUGCCGCUUCAAGCGGGUGCAGCAGAAGCACGUCCUCGAGAGCGAGAAGACGCAGCUCCUCAACCAGGUGGAGCAGCUCAAGCAGGAGAUCGGACGCCUGGCCCGAGAGCGGGACGCCUACAAACUCAAGUGCGAGAAGCUGACCUCAGCGGCCACGGGUUCGAGCGCCGGAGCGGGCGGGUUCCGCGAGGCGGGUUCCACCAGCGACAACCCGUCUUCGCCAGAGUUCUUCAUACCAUCCUCAAGGAAGACAUAACAAAGAUACACUCUGUGUUAGACUCGAUACACUUUGCAUUUUCAUCGCAAGGUCAUGCAGUGAAGAAAAAAAAGAAAAGAAAAUGCACAUUUCACACACACACACACACACUCACACACACACACACACACACGAUGAAAUUCCUUGAGGAGCAGUGUCCCGCUGUGCAGACUCCGGACUAAAGCACUGCGUGUUUUCCGGCAUGCUUCGUGCACCACAGCUGCUCGUGUUUCCUUUUCCGUGUCGAUUCGUAGCAGGAAAUGCAGUUUUGUCACUUUGCAUAACUCACGCCUGUUAUACUGUUAUAUAAUCCCAACAAAUAUAAACAAGUCUCAUCAUUUUUCACUUUCAAUUUGUUUUUCUUUUAAUUAUUUUUUUUCCUGUCAGUUUCAUGAGCUGAAAAUCCCCCCCCCCCAAAAAAAAAUCAAAGCAAUUAUAAUUCCAACAAUUUCCUAAAAUCAGGGUUUGAAGUUUUUUAAUUAUUAUUUUCAUUUUCUUGUACCGACUUUGAGUGAUCAUUGUUUAAUGUUUUCCUGUGUUUUUUUUCUGCCGGUCAGUUAAAAAAAGGGAUUCAGGUUUUGCAAAAAAAAAUCUCAAAAUGAAAAAUUUGUCAUGUUUAUGUUUAUUAUGUUCAUGUUCUUAUUCAUGUUAUUAUUUGUAUUGUUUUUUUUUCCUUCUCUCUGUUUUCUGAGAUUCUGGUUCUGCUGGCCAGAUGCAUUAUAGUUAUAGUUAUGGUUUUAUUUUUUAAUGAUUAAAUUAACAGAACUUGUCAGAUCAUAUUGAAUAAGAGCAUGGUGCUUGCAUUUAAGAAUUAUUGUUAAAAAAAAGAAAGAAACAAACAAAAAAGAACGUCAUGCAUUUAAUCAUGUUUUUUUUUUAGUUACUGAUUCAACUGUGUUGAAAUCAAUUCUGAAACUGCAGCAGCGGGUUGUUGUUUUUGUUCUGUUGGUUAAUUUCCUGUCUUAAUGUAAUGCAAGGGGAUCAAUUUUCAAUCCUGUUUAUAUAUAAAAUAAAUGAGAGAGAAAGAAAAGUUGUUAAAUUUGAAUUUCCAUUCAGGCUGGUUUCUGUUUCAUCUUAUGUUUUUUUUUUUUGGUUGUCGUUUUAUGGAAGAAAAAAUGGUUUCCUAUUUUGCUUAUUAAAGUCAUUGAAAUGGCAA